AUGACUGCACUACACAGUGCUACUCAGGAGGGUCAUCUUAAUGUCAUCAAAUAUCUCAUCAGUCAUGGAGCAAAUGUGAAUAAGGGAGAUAAUGACGGAAGAACUGCACUACACAGUGCUGCUCAGGAGGGUCAUCUUGAUGUCAUCAAAUAUCUCAUCAGUCAUGGCGCUGAGUAUCUCAUCAGUCAUGGAGCAAAUGUGAAUAAGGGAGAUAAUGACGGAAGAACUGCACUACACAGUGCUGCUCAGGAGGGUCAUCUUGAUGUCAUCAAAUAUCUCAUCAGUCAUGGCGCUGAGGUGAAUAAUGGACAAAAUGACGGUUGGACAGUAUUACACAGUGCUGCCUUUUAUGGUCAUCUUGAUGUCACCAAAUAUCUCAUCAGUCAUGAAGCUGAUGUGAAUAAAGGAGAUAAUGAUUAUACAGCAUUACACGGUGCUGCUCAGGAGGGUCAUCUUGAUGUAACCAAAUAUCUCGUCAGUCACGGAGCUGAUGUGAAUAAGGGAUAUAAUGACGGCAGGACUGCAUUACACAUUGCUUCCCAGAAGGGUCUUCUUGAUGUAACCAAAUAUCUCAUCAGUCAUGGAGCUGAGGUGAAUAAUCGAAGAAAUGACGGUUGGACAGUAUUACACAGUGUUGCCGUCAAUGCUGAUGUGAAUAAGGGAGAUAAUUACGGCAGGACUUCACUACACAGUGCUGCUCAGGAAGGUCAUCUUGAUGUCACCAAAUAUCUCAUCAGUCAUGGAGCUGAGGUGAAUAAUGGAAGAAAUGACGGUUGGGCAGUAUUACAGAGUGCUGCUUUCAAUGGUCAUCUUGAUGUCACCAAAUGUCUCAUCAGUCUAGGAGCUGAUGUGAAUGAGGGAGAUAAUGACGACUGGACUGGUCAUAUUGAUGUCACCAAAUAUCUCAUCAGUCAAGGAGCCGAUGUGAAUAAGGGAGAUAAUUACGGUAGGACUUCCCUACAUAGUGCUCUCGAUCAGAAUGAUUUAACGGAUAUCCAUCUUGCCAUCCAAAACGGUCAUACAUCCACUAUUGAGAAGUUAGUUUCUGAGGGAGCUGAUCUCAAUGUCCAGUCAACUGACGGCCAGACAUGUCUCCAUAAAGCCAUUAAACUCUGCUAUAAGAGCAAGAAGGUUAUGCAUGAAACGGAUACACUUCAAGAGGUGAGUUGUACCCCAGGAACACAAACGAGACCGACACUAGACUGA